AUGGAGAAGUUGUGCGCCAGCCUGUCGGAGAUCACCUGGAACCCUCUGGCGUUGCCUCUGGACGCGGUGGUCAGCAAGUUCCGCCUGCCCACGCUGGUCCGACUGGCACACGGAGAGUGUGUGGAGGGGCUGGCAGAGGAGGACCUGGUUCUGCUUCACUCCUGUCGUCAGUGGACCACAGUGACGGCCCACAGCCUGGAGGAGGGACACUAUGUCAUCGGACCCAAGAUCGACAUCCCCCUCCAGUACCAGGGGAAGUUCAAGCUGCUGGACGAGGACCGUGACGUGAGGGACCCAGUGCAGUUCUUCUGCAGUGUGGAGGAAGUGGCUGGAGCUUUCCCCGACCGAGUCUUUGUCAUGGAGCCCAUCACCUUCAGCGUCAAGGUUGUGUCUGGGGAGUUCAGUGACGACAGUGAGCAGUACAGCUUCAGUCUGCAGGCGGGAGACGAGCUGUCACUCAUGGGGAAGGCGGAGCUUCUGUGUGCCACGCCCUCCAAGGAGAAGACCGGACUGAGCGCUCUGCUGCGGCGCCUGGGAAAGACCCCGAGGAGUAAAACCCCGUGCCUGGUCUGCAUGAACCACCGCACCAACCAGAGCGUGAGCCUGCCGUUCGCCUGCCGCGGCCGCUUCUGCACGCGCUCGCCUCUGGAGCAAGGCAUGCUGGGAGGAGAACACACCGUGAGGAGCAUCAUCGAGCGCGUCCGCCUCCCUGUCAACGUCUCCGUGCCGACCAGGCCGCCGCGCAACCCCUACGACCGCCACGCCGUCCGAGAGGGCCACCGCUACAAGCUUCUCAACAUCGUCAGCAAGACCGUGGUGCUGUGCCUGGUCCUCCGCCAACAGGAAGUCUCGCCCUCCCACUUCCUGUUGCUGAGGUGUAUGCCCAGGUUCAACGUCGCGGAGGCUUCUGUCCACACGGCGGCGCUAGAGAGCUUGCUCCUGCGACACGCGUUCGACCCGGAUGCGUACUCGCGGGCCGUGAGGGAGACCAGGCCCGAGCUGGAGGUGAUGACGGAGGAGUGCACGAGCCCGCGACGGUCCCGUGUGUGCGUGGGACAGAACUCGCUCGCCCCGGCUCUGCAGCGUCUCUCCAUGUGCGGCUACGUGGGGGGAAGGGGAGGCGGGUCGGACUCGGUGGGGGAGGGGCCGGGUGAGGAGCGGGAGUACAUGACGCCAGAGUGGGCAGACGCAGACCUGAGGAGCAGCGAGGAGAUCCCGUAUGAGGAGCUGUGGGCCAGCCAGAACACGGAGAGUCUGGGGAAGGAGGCCAGUAUUAUUUCUAUCCACUCGUCGUCGGCGCUGGACGGGUCUCUGGGCACCGUGGUGACCCAAGUGUCCACCCGAGUGUCCACCCCGCCACCUGUACCUCCCAAAUCAGAUGCUGUCAGAGAGGAGUGCCGGUACCUGAUUGCUCCUCCUGUUCCCCCUCGCUGUUCCAAGACCGGGUCCAUCCCCAGUCCUGCCCCCAGUCCACCGCUGCCUCCACGCUUCCCUAAGGCCCCCACGUCUCCAAGACCCAACCUGUCCUUCUACUCCUCUGGACUCCAAGAAAGCUGCCCUUCCCCUGACGCCUCCAUGUACUGUUACCCCUGCUCUUGGGGAGACUGUCCCGCUCCCAACCCCAUCAGCCCCGACCCAUCGCCCGCCCCACCCGCAGACACCUCAGCCAAUCCGCAGCCAGCACAGGCCACGUGGGCGGAGCCAUGGCCCGAGUCGUUCUCUGGACCAGGACUCAGACCGCCUCCCCCUCAGAGCCGCUUCGCCCCCUUCGGUGCCCUGAACCCCUACAACCGGCCCUCGCCCUGUCCCUCUCCGGAGCCCUCGGAGUCCUCCCGGGGGGCGGAGGGGGGCGAGACUUGGACCCCGCCUCAGGACCUGUCUGCGCUCUCAUUGGAGGAGGUGUCUGCCUGUCUGCGCUUCAUCGGCCUAUCAGAGGCGGCCGUGGCUGUGUUUCAGAGGGAGAGGAUCGACGGGCGGCUCCUCGUGCAGCUCACGGAGGAUAUCCUGUCCCAUGACUUUCACCUGAGCCGGCUGCACGUCACCAAGAUCACACAGUUCAUCCAGGGCUGGAGGCCGAAGAUCUGA